AUGGCGGAAGCACUAACCUUUAGAGGAAUGUAUGAUGCAGAAGAUAUACCGACGCUAGAGGAUUUGAACGCCGCCGAGGUUGAAUUACUUAUACCUACAAUUGUGUUCUUGUCGAUAGUCUGUGUCACUGGAAUGAUUGGAAAUAGUUUUGUUAUAUACAUAUAUAAAACGAGGUUUAAAAUAACCACCUCUAGAAAGUGGUAUAUUUUGAGUCUUAGUUUUAUAGACUUGUUUACGUGUUGUAUUGGGAUUCCCUUAGAGAUUUCUACCAUGCUGAAACAAUAUACGUUUGAACAUCUGUGGUUGUGUAAAACGACAAGAACGGUAAACACUAUAGGAACAAAUACAUCAGCUUUUAUACUGCUGUUUAUUGCGUUUGACAGGUUCAGAAAAAUAUGUAAACCGUUUGGCUGGCAAAUCCAAACAAGUGGUGCAAAGUUGUUUAGUGGGUUGGCUUUAUUUCUCGGUGCCUCAGUUUCGUUGCCCGCCAUUUUUAUUUAUGGUAAACAUACAUUCGAUAUCCCAGAAUACAAUAUGACCGGAACUGAAUGUUCAACAGCAGAUGAGAUGACUUAUACGGAUUAUCCGUUUUUAUAUUCGAUUCUGUUCGGCUUUCUGGUUGCUGGUGGGAUAAUUCUUAUAUCAAUUUUUUACUGCUUAAUAGGUCAUAAAGUUUGGACGCAUACGCGUAAAAUGAAUACAAUGUUCGGUAAAAAUAUGUCAAUACCUAAGACGCCAACAAUUACCGAUGUACGUGACUCGAAACUAGUAGGUGAAAUGAAACAAGUUAAUAUAGCUGAAAACGCAUUUGCUCAGAACAAAAGUAAAGCGCUCCUUAAAAAGAGAAGCACGAAGAAAGACAAACAUGAGAACAAUGACUCGUUGACCAACAUGAAAGGUGAUGCACUGUCCCUUACAUCUAACCAGGAAAAGCCAGAGAAAGAAAAGAACCAGACAAGUAUGAAUAAACUUGUAAACGUAGGAAAUGACUUUAAUAAUAUAAAAAAUGGCCAUAACGCAGUUGAAUGUAAGGAAAAAGCAGAUACUGAUAGAAACGAACGGGAAGAAAUUUCCAAUAAUGAAAAUAUGCGAAAGAAUGUACAAAAAAGCAAACUAAUCUUUCAAGAAGCGGAAGCGAUAGGAAUUGAAAUGGAAGCAGCACAAACAUCAAGCGAAGAAAUCCUACCAAAUCAGAACGUAGUAGUUCGUUGGAUAUCUUUCAUUAGCAGUCCGAUUUUUAAUGUUGUGAUGCGAAUAAUAUUUACGCCACGUGCACGUGAAAACCCAAAAAUGUUCAAAAGAGCACAAUUCCUUAAUCAAACAAGUGCACGAAAAACGGCUUUCGUCAUGUUUCUUGUAACAUUAGGCUUCGUACUAAGUUCUCUUCCACAUAGUCUGAUAAUGCUUAUACGGCAGAUAAAAAGUAGUUUUGUUGAAGAAUUGUCAGAUGCAGAAAAUGUGAUUUAUAAGUUUAUUUUAAGGUCGUACUUUUUAAAUAGCGCUAUCAACCCAAUAAUUUACAGCAUAUGUGAUUCACAAUUUAAAUCCGCUCUUAAAGAUAUUUUUGGACGAUGUUUCGGGUAG